AUGGCUCUCUUUGACUCUCCAGCGCGAGUCUUCCUCGCCGCAACAACCCUCCGCCUCGUCCUGCUCGUCUAUGGAGGCUGGCAGGACGCGCAUUCCGCCGUGAAAUACACCGACAUUGACUACAUGGUGUUCACUGAUGCUGCUCGUUACGUUGCAAAGGGGGAGUCACCCUAUGCUCGCGAUACUUACCGCUACACGCCGCUCUUGGCAUGGAUACUUGUCCCGACUGCGUGGGAGGGUGCCGCGCCUUGGUCAACACUGAGUUUCGCCUUUGGAAAGGUGCUUUUUGCAUUGUCUGAUGUUCUUGCCGGAUGGCUCGUUGUCCAGCUGCUUGUCCGAUGCUAUCGCUUUCCUGUCGAGCGCGCGCUGCGGUAUGUUGCUGCUGUUUGGCUGUGGAAUCCCAUGGUUGCCAAUAUCAGUACCCGUGGUAGUUCAGAAGGACUACUGGGCGUGCUUGUUGCGGCGCUUUUGUGGGCAACUUUGACGAAGAAGCCUAUCCUUGCUGGGCUUAUCCUGGGUCUUGCUGUGCAUUUCAAGAUUUAUCCGUUCAUCUAUGGUGUCUCCAUCCUCUGGUGGUGGGAUGCUGAGCGCGAUGGGUCUGCAACGGCCGGCUCUGGGCUGCUGUCACAAGCUUUGGGAUUUAUUACCCCAUCCCGAGUGAAGUUUACUGUCGCCGCACUGGCCAGUUUCGUGGCCCUGAAUCUCGUCAUGUACCUGCAGUACGGCCAGCCAUUCCUCCAUCACACAUUCUUCCACCAUCUUACUCGCAUUGAUCACCGUCACAAUUUUUCUCCGUAUAGUACACUGCUAUAUCUGUCUGCUGCCGGUGGGGCUGAAACUCGCUUCGAGGCGCUGGCCUUCCUUCCGCAGCUAAUCCUUGUGGUUGUUGCUUUGCCUCUAGUUCUGGCAAAGAAGAGCUUGACUACCGCGAUGCUCGCGCAGACUUUUACUUUUGUCACUUUCAACAAAGUUUGUACCAGCCAGUAUUUCCUCUGGUAUCUCAUCCUGCUUCCGUUUUACCUACCAUCUUCCUCGCUCAUCCGCAAACCGACUCUGGGAAUAUCAGCAGCUAUACUAUGGAUUGCUGGACAGGCCCUCUGGCUGCACCAAGGUUACAACCUCGAGUUCCUGGGCCGGUCAUCCUUCUUACCUGGACUGUUCCUCGCAGGGCUCUUCUUCUUCGCUGUGAACGUCUGGAUUCUAGGUAUCAUCGUUCGGGAUGGAGGGGACGGUGGCGAGAUCACGGUUGCAGAAAAAUGA